CCUGAUUUGAGGAGAGCAGUUCUUCUUCUUCGACUGUCUUGUGGGAAUGAGUUGCCAACCUUUUGCUUCAGCUGAUACCUUUAUACCUCUGAAUUCUGAGUCUCCUGCAACUCUGCCUCUGAUAAUGCACCACAGCGCCGCUGAAUGCCUACCGGUCUCCAACCAUGCCAAUAAUGUGAUGUCUACAGUCCCGUCUAUUUUGUCUUUGAUCCAAACUCCUAAAUAUUUGCACACGUAUUUCUCGGUGACAACGUUUGGAAACACAGCAACGGGACUUCACUAUUCUGUUCCUUCCUGUCAUUAUGGAAAUCAGCCAUCAACCUAUGGAGUGAUGGCAGGUAGCCUCACUCCGUGUCUUUACAAGUUUCCUGACCACACCUUGAGCCAUGGCUUCCCUCCCAUGCACCAGCCUCUGCUGGCAGAGGACCCCACAGCUGCUGAUUUCAAGCAGGAACUCAGGCGGAAAAGUAAACUGGUCGAAGAACCAAUAGACAUGGAUUCUCCUGAAAUCCGAGAACUUGAAAAAUUUGCCAAUGAAUUUAAAGUGAGGAGAAUUAAGUUAGGAUACACCCAAACAAAUGUUGGGGAAGCCUUAGCGGCUGUGCAUGGCUCUGAAUUCAGUCAGACAACUAUCUGCAGAUUUGAGAAUCUACAACUCAGCUUUAAAAAUGCGUGCAAACUAAAAGCGAUAUUAUCCAAAUGGCUGGAGGAAGCUGAGCAAGUUGGAGCUUUGUACAGUGAAAAAGUGGGAACAAAUGAAAGGAAAAGGAAACGGAGAACAACUAUAAGCAUUGCUGCUAAAGAUGCCUUGGAGAGACACUUUGGAGAGCAGAAUAAACCUUCCUCGCAGGAGAUCAUGCGAAUGGCUGAAGAACUCAAUCUUGAGAAAGAAGUAGUAAGGGUCUGGUUUUGCAAUCGACGGCAGAGAGAAAAACGGGUAAAAACUAGUCUGAAUCAGAGUUUAUUCACUAUUUCAAAGGAGCAUCUCGAAUGCAGAUAAAAUUUGUGAACCAGCCAGUUUUCCCAGUUUUCUUUGUAUUCAAAAAAAUUAUUUGGCUGACUAAAAAAAUUAUUUCAUAAAUGCUUUUGAGAAGCAUUUAAAAACCCACGCUUUAAAUUGUAUUGGUAAUUAUUUUCAAAUAAUCUCAGAAGCCACUUGAUACAUUUUAAGCUAAUGAAACCAACAGGUAAAGACAAUGGUUCUUUCAAGUCUUUCUCUUUUCCUCCUAUCUGCCCCACCCUCCUCAGUUCCCUCUUUUUUUAGCUACAUAAACACAUAGCACAGGAUUAUACUGAAGGAUUGUUUAAAGUUACUUUUCCAAAGAGUUUUACUAGCUUCUUAAAUAUUUCAGUCAAUAAUGCCACAGAGUUCAAACAUAUCUGCCAGCAAGGAUCCAAUUAGAAAAUUAAUCGUUACCAUCAGUUAAUGACAGCUCACCAUCAACUAUGAUAUUUUCUUUGAACUAUGUAUUAAAUUUAAGAGCCUUGAGUGCCUUAAGAUUUUAUUAUUACAUUCAGGAAUGAAUCUCAUAAAUGGUACACUUAAAGCACAUAGUUAGGUCACAGACCCCAAAGAAGUGUUUUGAGAGAACUGUAGAAAUAUUAAUUUACGAUCUUUUUAUUUUCCCCAGACAUUAGCAUCUUUGAUGUGUAGCUAUGUUAAAAAAAAUUGCUCUAAGAAUUCUUUAACCCAAAUCUGCUCUUAUAUAAAUUGUAGCAAUACAGCUGUCUGGCUUCUGUUUAAUUCUUUAAUCUAGGAAAAAGAGUUUUAUGCAAUUUAUUUUUUUUAAUGGAGUGUGCUGUUAACAGUUACAACUUGAAAGUACCAAAUUUAAUAAUGCAACCUACACUCUAAAUCUCACAAUCUAGACACUCUUGUUGAGUACCUAAUAGAAAGAAUGCACUUUUUAGUUUAAGUGGGUAGAAUUAUUAUUAAAAAUGUGAUGUAUGAGCUUUUUAUUGAGGUUUUAAUUUUAUUUUAUUCACCUUUUUAUUUUUAAAUCUCAAGACAUUAAUUUAUAAUAAUGUACUUCUUUGGAACUUGUAAGUCAACUGUGACGUAGUAUCAGUUUGUUUCAUGUUGAUUUUGUGUGUUUUGAAUGUAAACCUGCUGGCAAAGUCUUAAUUUGUGAAUAAUUUUAGUAUUUAGAAUGUUUACUAAAUUAAACUGUCUAGUUUCUUGCUUCUUAUAUCAAUAAAGAUCAAGCAUAAUAAACAUAAUCUAUGUAGAUCAUAUGUGCACACAUACCAUUCACUGAUUGGCCAGAAACUUAUAUAUUAAUUAAAAAGGAUAGUAGUUUUCAGUCUCCUGAUUCAUGCUUAAUCUCACGUGGUAACUAAAAGGUGCCCAAUGCAAUAUAACAGAAGCUUCUAAAAAAAUGCAUUGAUUUCAAAUUAUUCAGUUCCCCUAAGCAUAGAUCAUACAUAACUAUGAAUUCCUAUAUAAAAAAAAAGGCAUUGGAUGCUAUCUCUCUCCUCUCUCUCUCUCUCUCCCCCUCCCUCUCUCUCUCCCCCACCCUCCCUCUCCCCGACUCUUUCCUCUCUCUCUUCUCUCACUCGCUCGCUCUCAUUUUGGGCACUAUGAUUGGCAAUACAGAUGCUAAAAGGUUAUCAUGUAUAUCCCUUACCUGUUUUCAACACUCAGUUCUUUUCUAGAGUGAUCAUUUCCAACUAUUAUUGUCAUAAUGGAUACUCCUCUAUCUAACUACUCUCACCUCACACACACUUGUAGUAAUUUCCAGUCCACAGGAGCAAUUGAGAAGUAUGUGAUUACUGGACUACUCUUGGCCAGAGUACAGCUUCUUUCAACAAACAUUCAGAUAUAAAUAAAAUGCAGGUUAUAUAAAGUAUAUAGGUUGCUAGAGUUUUGCUCUCUAAUUUAUAAAAUUACAAGUUCGAGUCUCUACCAGUUCUAAAAUUAAGUACUCCCUCAGUCACUGCAACACAAUAAUCUGACGGAUGGUUUUAUCUCAUCAAUUAGUACUGACAUGUACUUGUCACCUUUUAUUGUCCAAUACUCAAAAAUAUCUACCCAUCACAUUUGUAUGUGGGAGUAGAAUAUUUUGGGUUAAGUUACAGCAUUUUUGUGCCAGAGAUACUGCUCUAUGCUUCUGCUCUAUUGGCAACCUCUCUUUCGAAUACAAUUGUCAAACCUCUUUACCAAAGGGAAAAUAGGUAGGGAAAGCAAGUGUGUGUGUGUGUGUGUGUGUGUGUGUGUGUGUGUGUGUGUGUGUGUGUAACAGUAUUCUAAUUAAACACAUUGCAUACAGAUUUUUUUUAUUCUUUUUGGUGUGUUGGGGGUGGAUCUGGGCCACACUGGGCUGUGUAGGGGCUUCCUCUUAGCUCUGCAUCCAGGAGUCACUCCUGGUGGUGCUGGGGGGUUAAGGAGAGGAUAGGGAAUGGUAGGCAUGCCUGCAAAAAAAAAAAAUGGAGUCAGCCUCAUGCAAGGUAAGUGCCUUACACCCUGUACUAUCUCUCCAGACUCUGCUUUUUUUUUUUUUUUUUUUUUGCUUUUUGGGUCACAUCCCAAAAUGCUCAGGGAUUACUCCUGGCUCUGCACUCAGGAAUUAAUCCUGGCAGUGCUUGGAGGACCAUACAGGAUGCCAGGGAUCGAACCCAGGUCAGCCCCAUACAAGGCAAAUGCCUUACCUGCUGUACUAUCACUCCAGCCCCAGCCUCUGCUUCUUACUCUUAAGGACUCAAGAAACUUUUUAUUUUAGCAAAACAAUGUAGCAUUGUAACACUGUAGUCCAUUUGCUCAAGUGGGCACCAUUAAAGGCUCCACUGUGAGACUUGUUACUGUUCUUGGCAUAUAGAAUAUGCCAAAGGUAACUUGUGCUCUGCCAUGUGGGUGGGAUACUCUCAGUAGCCUGAGGGUUCUCCGAGAGGGACGAAGGAAUCGAACCCGAGUUGGCCGCGUGCAAGGCAAACGCCCUACCCACUGUGUUAUGGCUCCAGUCCAGCAAAACAAUAUAGUACUGAAAAUUUAUAGUCACUGUGAGAACUGACAUCAAACUGUUUUAUAAAUGUAGCCAAAUUAAAAUGGCUAUUUUCCUCUGUGUUAUCUAGUCUUCUACGCUUUUAUGUUUGAUUGAAAUGAAAAAUAACACUAAACGUUUUAUUUUAUUUAAACAUAAGAUUAAAAAAAGACUUGUAUGCCCUGAAAGUUUUAGGAGAUAUAUUACUUGAAAUAAGAUUUAAAAAAAGAAAAAAAAAACAAACCCUUGUAUGUCCUGAAAGUUCCAGGAGAGGAAUUAUCAGAACAACUUAAUGUAAAACUAUCAAUCUGUAGGUAAUUAGUUUACAAACAGCAGUUCCUGUAUCAGCUCCCAAUUCUAAAAAUAUGUAAAUUUUGUUAAAGUGGAAGUAGCAGAUUAUGUAAAUAUUCCAUGUA